AUGCCCGAAGCUGCCAUCGGCGCCGGUGGUUCUUGUUUGCUUUUCUCGGCCGAGGGCAUGGAGAAGAUUGACACGCUGGUUGGGGACAAGCGUUUCUCUGGCGUUGCCUGGGGACUUCUGGACCAAAUCAAUAGCAUCCCGCCUCAAAGAGCCCUCAACUAUGUUUCCACAGCCACUGACUCCUUCCCAUCGGACUUUGUUGUGGCGGAAUGCAUGAAAGACUUCUUCCUCACUCUCAACCGGCACAUCAAAUUCUUUGAUGAGUCGUCAGUCCGCACCGCGGUUCAGUCGUAUCUAUAUGGACAAUCGUCAAGCAGCAUCGGUUGGAAGAUAGUCCUAUACACCAUCCUCCUGCACCCUCAUCGAAAACGAGAUUUGCUCCACGGCACACGAGAACAUGAGAAAUAUUUGCAUAAUGCCAUGGCCCUCAUACUUACCGCCAUGCUGCAUUCACCCUGCCCCAUGACCAUAGGGGCUCUCCUUGCGCUGGUGUCUCAUUUCAUUUUUACCGCCGAAAACCACAUUGCCGUUUCUGUUCUGGCUCUAGCAACGCAGUCACUCUUUCUAGGAGGUUACUACCAUAGCAACCAUCCCGGCCUAAGCGACUCGGAAAUCCAACAUCGUCGGCGUCUUUUCUGGCAAGCCUACAUCUUUGACCAUGACUUGAUGCUACGGAUUGGGAAGCCGCCUCUAAUCACUGAUAACUUCCUCGUCGACUUGCCCGAAGAGUAUCCCUUGGACUGCUAUGGCUUCUUUUACUAUCCGGGCGACGUCGUUCUCAACUACUUUCGACAGCAAGUCAAGCUAGCACAAAUCCAGGGCCGAAUUUACUCAAGACUGUAUCUGAACAGCCCGACGUCAGCGACUGCCCUAGAAUCUGAAAUUGGCCUUCUGGAUAGAGAGCUUCAGGAAUGGCGGGAUGGUAUCCCCGAAAUGAUUCGCCCGAAGCAGUCAGGUGCCUCUCUGGAUGAUGACAAUCAUGCUAGAUUGAUGGCAUUGAGUGUCUUGCACUUCGUGUACUUCCAGCUGGUGGUAGCUGUUCAUUCGGCGACUCUAAGAAUGUCAUUGUCUGCGCAGGACAUGGACUUUCUGCGCCCAAGCGUUGCUAUCUGCGUCAAUGCUGCUCGUGGGGCUGUAUCCCUCUUGAACUACCACCACAUCGACCAUCCCUUCACAAUAUACCUUCUUUAUCAGGUAGCUUGGAGCGUCAACAUUCUCUUCAUCAAUAUCAUCGAGAACAAGACGUGCGCCACAGCGGCACAGGAUAUCGAGCUGAUCAAACUCGUCCUCUCGUUCUACGAAAGGUAUGACGUGAACCACCAGAAGAUUGCCUCCUACCACAUCAUCAAGGCAUUGUACGAAGUAGCAGUAUCUGUUGUCGUGGAUCCACCAAACGCGGUGCAGGAACCCCUCGGCACAGCUCUCAAUGGUCUGAGCUUGACCAUGGACAAGCGUAAUGGAAAUGAAGAGUCUGUGCCUGUUCUCCCGGUCCCUGAAGCAAUUGACCAGGACAACUGGGAGGGCAUAUCCCACGGUAGCCAUAACUGGCUCUCGGCUGGAUUCUUGCAAAUAGUCGAUUGGAACUUGCCACCAGAUAGCAUGAUUGAUGGCAAUCUGUGA